AUGGCUCCACCACCUGACAUCCAAACCCUCUACGCUGAGAUUCGGAAACGGCUCAUUGAGUCGGGGGAAUGGGACCAGAUUCGGACUACGAUGUACGCCAGGCUUAAUGAGAGUGGGUGGAUUGAUGAGGUGCGGGAUCAGGGGAAAGAAAAAGCCAGGGAGAUGGACCCGCUCUCGUUUGAGAAGCUGUUUGAGGAGGUUCGGCCUUCUGCUCAAAGCAGCAUGUGCAGAAGCAUUUUGCGUAGGAGUGGAGGGCGGGAGAAGGUCGAGGAGGAGGGGGAGUGGAUGGCUACCGCCUGCGCCUCCGAGCCCCUCUCGAGGAGGGCAUUCUCCUCAAUUCGAAUUGCCAUCACCGACCUUCGCUUCGCAACUUCCCGCCUCUCUAUUUAUCCUGCCCGACACUCAGACCCGCUUGAACCAGCGCAGAACUUACACCACCACCACGAAUGUCGAUUACUCUACUGGGUGUUCUGUGUUUUGAAGCGUACCAGUCUGCUUCUGCGGUGUACCGUCCAGUGCGGUGUAGACCAGUCCAGUCAGCACGGGGAGGGGACGCGAUGGGGGAGGGGAGGGGAACGGAGUGCCGCCAGCGGCCGCAACCGCAACCCCAUCCAUAUCCUACUCACUAGAAGACACAGUGGUAGACCUGGUGCUUUGGGGUGUGGAACCGAGCUGGCAGGUGGGCGAGCGUGGGGUUCCGUGGAAGAGGAGUUGGGUGUUUCCGACUUUGUUGGAGUAGUUGCUGAAGCGGGAGAGGUGUGCGAGGGAGGUGGGGGUGUGGUGGGUUAUGUAGAAUAUGUGGUGGAUUGUUGGGAGGGGUUUUUGGGGGUGGGACCAGGUGGUGAGGAAGUGGGAGGAGACUGGGUGUGGUUUUUUGUGUGGGGAUCGAGGAAUCCUCUAGGAAUGGAAUUUGGCUUCUCCGCGGAUGUCGACGACGAUGUGCAUCCCUUUGAAGUUGGUGGUGGUGGGGGAUCUAUACAAGGAGGUGUUAGGGAUACAAAGAGGUGUUAG